AUGGACGAUCAAUUUUGCGUGGUACCUUUCUGGGGGAUCCCAUCUCCAGAAGCUGACAACUUACUGUCUGAUUGUUUCAUAGGCUACGUUGAUAAUAGUCCUCCCAAAGCCACUUCUAGGUAUGCAGAUAGAGAUUCUAAGCUUUCAAAAGGACACUUAUUGGGCGAUGAUCUCGAAGAUGUAUUGGAACGGAUUUUCGCGUCAACAGCAAUACGAAAUGAUGGACAAUUUUUAUGCAAUGUAGAUGGUGGAAGUGAUCGAUCGAGUUAUUAUGAUGAUAGUGAUAUUUCGUGGCUAGAUGAAUUCAUGAAUGUUUAUGGGAUUACUACUUUAGAUUCAAAUGAUGAUUUUAAUAUGAAAAGUAUUAAUGAUAAUUUUAACAUGAAAAAAACGAAUGUCGAUAUGACAGUCGUUACAACACCAGGAGCGAAGGAAAAUCAUCCAGCUAUUAUGCUAACGUCCAUGGAAGGAAUGAAAAAUGAUGAAAUCUUGACUAAUACAACACAGUCAGGUACUGUAAAGGUCCUGGACGACAAUGUUCAUCAAAAGCGCAAUACUGUUCCCUCCUCAAAUCAAGGACAAAAGUUUGCAGUGAACAGGACAUGUUUUGAUGGUAUCAGUGAGCGCAAACGGGCGCAAAAUCGUUGUGCAGCUAUUCGAUACAGAGGUAAGCGUCGAGAAAAAGCAAAACAGAAGAAGCAAGAAUUGCAUAAGCUUGAGCUGCGUAACAUAGAAUUGAAAGCCGAAAUGAAUUGUCUAGAAAAAGAAGUUAUUUAUUUGAAAAGUUUGAUGGAACGAAAUGCUUCUAAAUUUAUUUGUGAUUCAUUGAAAUCUUGA